GUCGAAUAAUGAGCAGUCGUUUCUUUCUCGUAGAGAGGGAAAGACCUGGUUAACUUAACACAGACAAAAAGAAGAGGAGAGUCGCUAGAGGAGGAUGAAGUCCUUUAUAGUAUUCCUGGUUAGCUUGUCUGCCGCAGGUGGAAACCCCCAGGGCGAAGUCAAGACUCUUAAUGAUGAUCCUGAAAACAGCAAACAGUUGAAAGGAGUUUGCAUAACACCAGGAUGUGUGAAGUCAGCUGCUACUCUUCUAGAGAUGAUUAAUCCUGAAAUGGAUCCUUGUGAAGACUUUUAUGAGUUUGCGUGUGGAACUUUUAUUAAAGAAACGACUAUUCCUGAUGAUAAAACUAGUAUAGGAUCAUUUACUGUACUUGGAGAGAAACUAAACAUGCGACUAAGGAAACUGUUUGAAUCAAGUCCUAAACCUGAUGAACCGGAAGUAUACAAGUCUGUGCGAAAGUACUUUUCAGCUUGUAUGGAUGAGGAUAAUAUUGAGGAGACAGGAAGACAGGAACUGCUGAGAAUAAUAAAUGAGCUUGGCGGUUGGCCUACCCUGCAGGAGGAUCAGUGGAACCAAGAUAACUUCUCCUUUCAUGACUUAGAGGAGGUUGCUAACAGAAUAGGGUUGUUUACCGGAGUCAUUCUCAGUUUUGGUAUUUCAACAAACCUGGACAACAGCACUAGAAGAAUAAUGGAAGUAGACCAACCAGGACUUGGCCUUGAUCGAGAAUAUUUAAUCAAAGGAUUUGAGGAUAAAGAUGUCCAAGCAUAUUACAGUUAUAUGGUAGAUACUGCAGUUUAUCUAGGUGCUCAAAGAAAAGUAGCAGAGCAAGAGUUAAAGGAGUCCCUAAUGUUUGAGUUGAAGAUUGCAGAGAUAACUUUACCCCAAGAAGAGCGCAGAAAUACUUCAGCCUUAAACAAUCAGAUGACUAUAGAAGAAGGUAACAAGUUGUACCCCGGAUUUAAUUGGACCCAACAUAUCAAUAACAUGCACAACAGCCUGGAAGUACCAUUGACCUCAAAUGAAGUGAUAAAUGUUGCAGUACCUAAGUACAUAAUUAAGUUAGCAGAGUACCUACCCACUGUACCAGCACGGGUGCAAUCUAACUAUCAAGUCUGGAGAUACAUCAAGAGUAUCCUUUCUCUUAUGGAUAAAGAGGUCCGCCAGAUACAACUAAAGUUCUCAAAGGCCCUUACAGGAAAGGAGGAAUUAAGCCCAAGAUGGGAGACCUGUGUUAAAGCUACUUCCAGUAAAUUUUACUUUUACGAAGGUUCUCUGACAAAUGCCAUUGGUUCUAUGUAUGCAAAAGAAUACUUCCCUGAAAGCAGUAAGCUUGUUGCUGAAGAAAUGGUAAACAGUAUUAAGGAUGAGUUUAAACUGAUGUUGGAUGAACUUGAAUGGAUGGAUGCAAUAACUAAAUCAGCUGCUCAGACUAAAGUGGACAAGAUGGCCCAAAUAAUCGGUUAUGCUAGAGAGAUAAUAAAUAAUACGCUCAUCAAUGAGUUUUAUGAAGGUUUAAGUAUCUCCUCUACCAGCUAUCUGCAAAACUAUUUAGACCUGUCAAACUACAUAAGUAACUACUAUAUUAGAGAGUUUAGAAAACCAAUUGAUAACCAGAGUUGGAAAAAUCGUGGCGGAGCAGCAGUUGUGAAUGCUUUCUACAGUUCAAAAGAGAACUCCAUUAAAUUCCCAGCUGGAAUACUAGAUGGUAUCUUUUUCAAGGAUGACAGACCAAGUUACAUGAACUAUGGUGCUAUUGGUUCAGUGGUUGGACAUGAGAUCACACAUGGAUUUGAUGAUAGAGGAAGUCAGAAGGAUGGCGAUGGAAACCUUGUCAACUGGUGGCAACAGGAGACUAAGCAGACAUAUCUUCAACGUGCUCAGUGCAUAAUAGAACAAUAUGGAAACUUCACUGUUGAUGUUGCUGAUGAGGUGUUGAAUGUGAAUGGAAUUAACACGCAGGGAGAGAAUAUUGCUGACAACGGAGGUUUUAAACAAGCUUACAGGGCAUAUGAGAGGUUAGUUAAGAUGAAGGGUGAGGAGUUAUCUUUACCGGGACUACCGUACACCCCUCGUCAGCUGUUUUGGCUCUCAGGAGCUUCAAUAUGGUGCAGCUCAAUCCGGGAUGAAGCCUUGAAGAGCAGAGUUCUUACUGACCCUCAUUCACCAUCCAGGUUUCGUGUUAAUGGUUCAUUUCGAAACCAGAAGGAAUUCAGCAAGGAUUGGAAUUGUCCUAGAGAGUCUCCGAUGAAUCCAGAGAAAAAAUGCACUGUAUGGUGAACUUCAAAUUCAAAUUAACCAGGGGCGUACACUUACAGUCUACAGUCGUAAUUCCAAGUGACUCUCCAUGUAUAGAGAGUGUGAUGUCCGACUAUCAACGGUAUUUCUAAUUCAAAAAUGAGAAGACGACCGUCAUUUCGCUGUUCAAGGAUCUCGUAAAGUUACUUAUUAUGUAAAUUUCUAAAUUUCAUAUGCAAUUCUUUCAAAUUUUAACGAGUUAUCGGAUAUUCCAUUUUUUCUAAUUACAGG